UUUACCCUCACCAAAAUUUAAAACAUCAAAAUUGUCAAAAACCAAAAGAUAGAAACCAACAAUAAUUACCAACCACAAAUUUUAGCAAACCAAAGAACCGCCUCAACUCAAGGCUCAAAAAUGGUCAACUGGAGCUGGACAUCCGCCGUAGUCGGAGCAGCGACGGCAGCCGCCACGGCGGCGUUAAUAUCAGCAAAGCCCAAAGACCCAACGUUCCACCUUGUCUCGGUCAACAUAACAUCUUUUAAACUCGGCCUUCCGUUAAUAGACGUGGAGCUCAUGCUGACGGUGCAUGUUACUAACCCGAAUGCUGUCCCCAUUCAUUACUCUUCAACCGAGAUGUCCAUUUUUUAUGCGGGGUCUUUGCUUGGCUCUGCUCAGGUGUCCGCGGGGUCUCAACCACCUCACUCGUGUCAACUGCUUCACCUUCCAGCAAGAUUGAGCAGCAUGGAGAUGGCACACCAUGCGGUGCAGCUGAUGGCGGAUGUAGGGCGGAGAGAAAUGGUGCUGGAUGCGAUUGUGGAUAUUGAAGGUGUGGCGAGGGUGGUGUGGUGGGAACAUAAGUUUAAGGUUCACGUUGAGAGUCAUGUGACGGUUGAUCCCGUUUUUCUUGAUGUGGUUGAUCAAGAAAAUAAAUCUGAUUUGGAAUUGUUUGUUACUUGACUAUAUUGGAAGUUAGAGAAGUUAUAAUUGAACAUUUGAACCACACAUUGGUUUUUUCUCC